AUGGAAUAUGAAAACUGUUUUCAGAGUUUUUGGACAAAAGGAAAGCUCUUUUGCCCAGGAUGCCAAGCCAGACUUGGAUCUUUCAAUUUUGUGUCUGGUGGUCACUGUGCUUGUGGCUCUCACAUAGUGCCUCAUGUCCACUUGCUUAAAACUAAGGUUGAUUGGAUAAAAGUUGGGGAGUUACCUCCACAUCCAGUUUUAUUUCCAAACCAAAAGGUUUUACACUCAUCUUCUGAAGCUAGAGACGUGAGAAACCCAGCCUUCGUAACAGCACCACAUGAAGCAGAGCACAGGGGCAACUUGAGUGAAGCACAGACUCUGACAGCCAACGAUGAAAACAGCUGUAAUGAUGCAUCUUACACUGCUGUUACACCAUCAGAUGAUCUUGACUGGGCAAUGUAUGAUCAAGGAUCUCCCAGCAUGCUGACUCACAAACAGAAAGAGAUCCUGGAAAACCUCAAGAGCCAACCUAGGCAAAAUGUAAAUCAAAAGACUUUGUUGACAAGGAGAUCAAAAUGGAAAAAACAACAUAUGUGGAAUAUCAGUGAGCUGGAAGAUGAACUGUCUAUUGAGGAUAUGACCCCCAGGGCAGGAAUUUCUUCAAAGUGUUCAAAUUUCCAUGUUUUGCCAUCAGAAGACCUUCAGGAUGAUUCAAGUGAUGAUUCAGACAAGAUUCCAAUGGACUUAAUGUGUCCAGUGUGCCUUGAUCUGCUUUACAGCCCUCUAGAGGUUCAGCCAUGCAGACAUAUAUUUUGUGAACCAUGUUUGAGGAGGGUAGCCCAUCCCAAUCCAACAAAUACAUUGUGCCCGUUAUGUAGACAUAUUAUUGGACAAUGUAUGCCAUGUAGAGAUGUAGGGAAUGAAGUACGCGAGAGUUAUGCUGCGCUGUACAGGGAACGCCAUCUUUUUGAACAAGAACAUAGCAGUCAACAUAUGCCAUUACCAUGGAUAAGAGACUUCCGACGGAGGCAGACUUUGGAUGGCACUGCUUGGACGGAGAGAAUUGGUAACACUGGGAGGGCUUUUUUGUGGACUCUGUGCUUAAACAUCCUAGGACUCGGCAUUCUUAUUUUUUUCUGAACUGGCUGCUCAAGAGCGAGACGUAUUUAGCUGAAAGAAAUAGUCAGUAUGAGGGAGUUCAUUAGAAAAUAAAUUCAUAACGCACUGCACUUAAAUGACACAUAAAAUGAUUCUC